UGUCUCGUUAUUGUGGCCGCCGGACCGUACGACUCUGCUCUCUCUCUCUCUCCCCCGUCUCCCUCCGCACGACCCCAUCGACUGCUAGACUGGACGGACUGAGGGGAAGUCACCGGCGAGUUCCGGCCGGCCAUGGCUUCUCUUCGGGACCUACGGAGGGUCCUCGAUGGCGCGGCGCUUGUCGCCCUCGAGGUGACCAGGCGAUCCCGAGUCCUCGACCACGUCCGCUCCGGUGAUCUCACCGUAGCCGUGUCUUCGUCCCUUGAGCGAGCCGUCCUUGCUGCCACCGACCUCGCGGGGCUUACCCGGGGAACCGUUCGCCCCUUCUCCCGCCCGGCCCCUCCCAGACCGAAAGAGUCUGUCGUCUUCUUCUCCCACGACGACUCGGAUCCUCUGACGGAUGUCGAAGACAAAAUUCGCGAUCAGCCCGAUUCUAGGGUCUCAGACGUGGCCAGUGCUUCUACGGGAACGUCUGAGUGUGGCGACGAAUUGCGGGCGGUCGAAUCUGGACGGGCUUCUCAUUCUGGCGAUGCCGGUGAAGUCGAUGCACUUGGACAUAGUCGUGAAGGACGGCUGUCCGCCGCAGAGGAAAUUCUCGGAGUCGACGCGGCGGGUGGAAAUGAGGUGGAUAAAUCUGGCCAGGAUUCUGGGACUGUGAUGGUGCAUGGAGUUGGCAGUGAAGCCCGGAAGACGGAGAGCAGGCGGAGGCCGCGGGAAAGGAGAGUGCCUUCUACACCGCUAGGCAGGGCACUGGGGUUUGCUGGACUUGGUGCGGGACUUGCUUGGGGCACAAUACAAGAGUCUGCAAGGAGGAUUAUGUUUGGCAUGCCAAAUGGACGAGAGGGGCAAUCUGCAUUUUCACCUUUCUUGUCUGAACAAAAUGCAGAACGUUUGGCCCUUGCUUUGUGCAGAAUGCGUGGUGCUGCACUCAAGCUGGGGCAGAUGUUGAGUAUCCAAGAUGAGACACUUAUACCGGCACCAAUUUUGUCUGCUCUCGAGAUUGUUCGUCAAGGUGCCGAUAUCAUGCCAAGAAGUCAGCUAAACCAUGUUCUGGACAGUGAAUUGGGAUCUGAUUGGUCAAGAAAGCUUAGGAGCUUUGACUAUGAGCCAAUGGCUGCUGCAAGUAUAGGCCAGGUACACCGGGCUGUAACAAGGGAUGGUGUGGAGGUUGCGAUCAAAAUACAGUAUCCUGGUGUUGCAGAUAGCAUUGACAGUGACAUUGAGAAUGUCAAACGACUCCUUGAUUACACAAAUCUUCUCCCAAAAGGGCUUUUUCUUGAUAGAGCUAUGAAGGUAGCUAAAGAUGAGCUCUCACGUGAAUGUGAUUAUGAGCUGGAGGCAGCAAAUCAGAAACGUUUCCGUGAUCUUUUAUCUAAUUUGGAUGGUUUCUAUGUUCCCAUUGUUGUUGACGAACUCUCUAGUAGGAGAGUUCUUACAACAGAGCUUGUCACUGGAAUUCCAAUUGACAAAGUGGCAGGACUAGGCCAAGCGGUUCGCAAUUAUGUCGGCAAAAAGCUGCUAGAGCUUACCUUAAAAGAGUUAUUUGUUUUUCGAUUUAUGCAGACUGAUCCUAAUUGGAGCAACUUCCUAUAUGAUGAAACUACCAACACAUUUAACCUCAUUGACUUUGGGGCAGCUAGAGAAUAUCCCCAGGUCUUUGUUGAUGAUUACUUGAGAAUGGUUGUUGCCUGUGCAAAUAGUGAUAGGGAUGUCGUCAUUGACAUGUCCAAGAGACUUGGGUUCCUUACUGGAAUGGAGUCGGAGAUAAUGCUGGAAGCACAUGUGCAGGCUGCUUUUAUUGUUGGUUUGCCAUUUGCGAGACCUGGGGACUAUGAUUUUGGGUCCUCGAACAUUACACAGAGUAUAUCUCACCUUGGAGCUACAAUGCUGAAGCAUAGGCUUACCCCACCGCCUGAUGAAGCAUACAGCCUGCAUCGAAAGCUAUCUGGUGCUUUCUUGGCGUGCAUCAAGCUUCGUGCUGUGGUGCCUUGCAGGGAAUUGUUAUAUCAGUUGUAUGAGCAGUAUGAGUUUGGAGACAGUGAUACUAGAAUUUUGCAUGAGUCGGCUGCGUGAUUUCUUUCCUCAGACUACAGAUAUAAUUCAUCAUUCAUCACCAUGAUAGAUAUGAUUUUUCCCAAUCAAAAUCGCAUAAUUAACCUAGUCAUUAAGCCAGAUUGCUGAAGCAUCUGCAUGACGUCUGCAGCAAGCCUUCAUUCUUCAUUUAUUUUAAAGCCGUUUUCUCUGUUGAGUAUACAAGUUCCAUGAAUUUGGAGCUCAUACUAUGUGUAUCAAAAGUUGUAACUUAGUUGUUUGUUACUUUAUUGGAUUACGAAAUAAAAUAUGCCAGGCUUCAAAAGCUGGUGGUUCCCCUGGCUGGGUAGGGGGGUUCAUACCCAAAUGAAA